UAUUAUGUUAAUCUUUUGCCAUGCAAAGUGAACAUGUGUUUUUGCCAGCUGGUUGCGUGAACAGCGUACCAUUUUGUUGACAAGUGCCGUUGCCGCAGCUUAUUUAGCUUGGAACAGCGCCAGUUUUUUGAGCAUUUGCUUUUUGAUUUCCACCAGCGACGCGGGCGUCGUUUAAUUUCGGUUUCAAGUCCGUUAUUAUUAAUUAACAUUUCAAAUAAUAAAUUCGCUUUACCGCUUGCGUAUUUUGUAUUUUGUUUACGCUUUUGUUGUUGUUUUUUUACUGUGCAUAAUUAUUUUGGAGGAGCAUGACGACGCCGGGGGAACUGCUGCAGUUCAUCAAUUGCCGCCUGGUGCGCGACCAUCGUCUCGUCCAGGACGAUCUUUGGGUGCGAAAUGGCAAGAUCAUCAAUCCGGAGCCAGUUUUCUUCGAUGAACAAUCGAAGGCGCAUCGGCGCAUCGAUUGUGGAGGUGCCAUUAUCGCUCCCGGCUACAUCGAUGUACAAAUAAAUGGUGGCUACGGCGUUGACUUUUCCUACGACAAAGACACCACAGAGGCGGGCGUAACGAAGGUUGCCCGGGGACUGGUGAAAUGUGGCGUCACCUCGUUCUGUCCCACGCUGGUGACGUCACCCAGUGACAGUUAUCACACCAUAUUGCCGCGCAUUCCAAAGACAAUUGAGGGAGGCGCCGGUGUUUUGGGCGUACACGUCGAGGGACCGUUUAUAAAUCCGCAAAAGAAGGGCGCACAUCCGGAGAAUUGUAUACAGACCAUAGACAAUGGUAUGGCGACAGUGCGUGAAACUUAUGGCUCCUUGGAUGGCAUUAAGAUCAUAACAUUGGCGCCGGAGAAAGUCAAGGAUGCGAGUGUUAUACGGGAUCUGGUGAAUUCAGGCAUUACCGUCUCCCUGGGUCACUCCAUGGGCACCUUGAGUGAUGGAGAACAUGCUGUGAAGCAUGGAGCGACCUUGAUAACGCAUCUCUUUAAUGCCAUGCUGCCAUUCCAUCAUCGUGAUCCGGGUCUGGUGGGAUUGCUCGCCUCGGAUGCGAUUCCCCAGGGAAAGACUGUCUACUUUGGCAUCAUUUCCGACGGAGUUCAUACACAUCCGGCCGCCUUGCGUAUUGCCUAUCGAACCCAUCCAGAGGGUUUGAUUCUGGUAACGGAUGCGAUCUCGGCACUGGGACUCGAGGACGGAGUGCAUCACAUUGGACAGCUGCCGCUGGAGGUGAAGCAGGGCAAAGCAUUUAUUGCCAACACCGAGACACUCUGCGGCAGCAUCGCCCCAAUGGAUGAGUGUGUGCGCAUCUUCCAACGUUCCACAGACUGCUCCAAAGUUUAUGCCAUAGAGGCGGCUUCACUGCAUCCAGCCAAGUGUUUGGGCAUCGAGGAACAGAAGGGAACUCUGGACUUUGAUUCCGAUGCAGAUUUCAUAUUGUUGGAUGACAAUUUACAACUGUUGUCCACUUGGAUAUCUGGUGUCCGUGUGCAUUCCAGCAACUGAUGUCUCUCUCUCUGUUUCCAACUUUUCUCUCUCACUUUUUAAUACACAUAGAAAAUGGCUGUUUGUUUGUUUAUUGUUUUUUAUUGGAUUAGAUGACGCUUUAAAUUGUUCUUUAUAUUUAAUCAUUAAAUCAUUUGGUGUGGACAACUACGCUAAAUCCAUAUACAUUAACAAAUAAUAAGUAUUACGAACGAAGAAAAAAAA